GUGAAGCUUACUGGAAAGUGGCCAGAUUUUCAAAUGAUAGCCAUGGAGAGUGGCGUGUUAGCAAUGUGUAACGGUGAAAAAGAUAUCAGGAUUUGGGACCUAAACAAUGAAGAACAUGGGUCCAUAUCACUGCGCACAGCAAAAGGUUACAGUUCAGCAGAAACAAUUACUUGUAUUUCAUACUCCAACAUCAAAGGCUGUUUGUCAGGUGGAACAUCCGAAGGCAAAGUAGCAAACUGGAAACGCCGCCGCGCCACCGACGAGACGCUUUCCGAGCAAUGGAACCUACAGGAAGCUAUCAGUAUCGGUUCAAAAGUUGAAUUGGUGCGCUGGGCGACGGUGUCCGGUGUAUUAGCUGUUUCUGCCUGUUCUUUGGUAACACUGUUGAAAGAGCAACCAAUCCUCGCAGAUGCGAAUGCAGAUGUUGGUGAUUAUAUCCAUAUAAUCAUUUUUUCCUAA